AUGAGUAUAACAACUAAUUCAUUGAAAUCUUUAAAGUUCACUAAUUCAGAAUUAGAAAAUAUUUUAGAAAAUUUUGGAGACGGUUCUUAUCCAACAUAUAUGCAGAAUGUGAAAGAGUUUUCCAGAUUGUUGAAUGAAUUUAAAUAUAACGGACCAAUUACUAAAAAGGCUAUAAUGAGAUAUUUAUAUCCCAAAAAAGUUGAAAAACAGGAGAAUAUUCCUCUUUAUGGUCCAGAGGACCUGGGCUCAGAGAGCCUUGAAACACCUCCUGAAUAUUUUGAAGAAAAAAUUAAACAAGAUGAAUAUUAUAACGAUGAGAUUGAGAAAUUGGAACAAUUAAGAAAUGAAAUAGAUGAAAGAAUUAGUGAAUUGAGAAAUGCUGAGAAUGAAGUAGAGGGUUUAAUGAAUAUCCCAGCUUCAGAAUCAGAAGUUCAAAAAUCACAUGAGGAAAGAUAUAAAAAUUACUUUUUGGAAUCUACUAAAAAUUUAUUAGAUGGUGAUAUUGACGAAACACUUUCAGAAGAAGGCACAAAAUUUAUUCAUAAACAUAAGUUACAAUUUAUUGACGAUGGAGAUUAUCCAUGUAUAUUACUUUCACCUCCUCUUGAUUCUGAAA